AUGUCUUCAGCGGUGGGUUUGUCUGACGUCCUCUUUGACUCAUGGAGUCUUGAGAAAACCGAUAGCUAUAUGUCGCACUAUGUACCAACCUCAUAUAAAAUAGCUGUCGCUUAUUUAUUAGCAAUCUAUCUUGGACAAAAGUUCAUGAAAAAUAGAAAACCGCUCGAGUUAGAUGGGCCAUUAGCCCUAUGGAAUUUUAUGUUUUCAUUAUUCUCCGGCGUUGCCGCCUAUAAAUUGGUUCCCGAAUUAUGGAAUGUUUUCGAAAAGGAUGGUUUUGUAGGCACUUAUUGCAAUAAUCACAACUAUUACACGGAUCCUUCAACAGGUUUCUGGGGAUGGGCAUUCGUUAUGUCGAAGGCUCCAGAACUCGGAGACACUUUGUUCUUAGUUUUGAGGAAAAAGCCGGUGAUCUUCAUGCACUGGUAUCAUCAUGCUAUGACCUUUGUUUAUGCCGCCAUUACAUAUUCCGAACAUCAAGCUUGGGCACGAUGGUCUCUAGCCCUUAAUCUCAGUGUUCACACAAUCAUGUACUUCUAUUUUGGAGUGCGAGCUCUGAAAGUGCAAACACCACGACCUGUGGCGAAGUUCAUCACCACAAUCCAAAUUGUUCAAUUUGUUGUGCAAUGCUAUAUUUUCGCACAUCUAGUCAUCAUCAAGACCUACAACCAAAUUCCGGACUGUGCUGUCAGCUGGAAUGUGCUGACAAUCGGUGGACUCAUGUAUCUCAGUUAUCUCUACCUCUUCGCUGACUUCUUCUAUAACGCUUACAUCAGAAAACGAUCACCGACAAAAACGACAAAAUCUCAGUGA